ACCGUGAGUAAAUCUGGGAAGAGUGCGUGCGUUUGUAGUUGUAGGUGCGCCGAAGGAUGCACGUAUUGGUCGCCCGGUGUUUAAAACCACAAAAACUGUGAAAAUAAUGCCCGAUUAUUCAUUAAGUAUCGGACGUGUGAAUCUAAUGUGCGGAUUGGAAACCGUCUCGUUCUGUUUAGAUAUCGUUUAGCGAUUGUAAUACGGUUUAUUUUGGUUUGUGAGAAGACAAAAUGGCGCAGAACUUGCCACCAUCGGUGAACUGUUCCCUCGAUGAUAUAGAUUUAACCGCCCUUAAAGAUCCGGCCGGAAUUUUCGAACUCAUCGAAGUUGUCGGAAAUGGAACUUACGGACAAGUUUACAAGGGCCGACACACGAAAACUGGUCAAUUGGCCGCCAUAAAAGUAAUGGAUGUAACCGAGGAGGAAGAGGAAGAAAUCAAAUUGGAAAUUAAUGUUUUAAAACGGUUUUCGAAUCACAGAAACAUUGCCACUUACUAUGGUGCUUUCAUUAAGAAAAGUCCACCUGGAAAAGAUGACCAACUGUGGCUCGUUAUGGAAUAUUGCGGAGCAGGAUCUGUAACGGACUUGGUAAAGUCAACAAAAGGCCAGUCUUUAAAAGAAGAAUGGAUAGCAUAUAUAAGUAGGGAAAUACUCCGUGGCCUUUCCUAUCUGCACUUAAACAAAGUCAUUCACCGUGAUAUCAAAGGCCAGAACGUUUUAUUAACAGAUAACGCCGAAGUCAAAUUAGUUGAUUUUGGAGUAUCAGCUCAACUUGAUAGAACAAUAGGUCGUCGAAAUACGUUCAUAGGAACACCAUAUUGGAUGGCCCCCGAGGUGAUAGCUUGCGAUGAAAACCCUGAGGCUACGUACGAUAACCGCAGCGAUUUGUGGUCACUAGGAAUAACCGCUUUGGAAAUGGCCGAGUCGCAACCGCCCUUAUGCGAAUUGCAUCCGAUGCGGGCACUAUUUCUUAUACCGCGAAAUCCGCCGCCGCGACUCAAGAGCAAAAAGUGGAAUAAAAAGUUUCAUGGAUUCAUCGAAACGGUUUUGGUUAAAGACUACCAUGACAGACCGUACACGGACCAAUUGCUCAAGCAUCCGUUCAUACGGGACCAACCAACCGAACGACAAGUCAGGAUCCAGCUCAAGGACCACAUUGAUCGGUGUAAAAAGCGUAAACAAGAAAAGGAACGUGAGGAUUAUAGGUAUUCUGGUUCGGAAAAUGAAGAGGAGGAAACGGCAUUACCUGGAGAACCAAGUAGUAUAGUUCAAGCACCUGGGGAUACUUUACGUAGAAACUUCCAGAAGAUACAAGAAGGUGGAACACCUGCAGAACUACCUCCAAGAAAUGCUAGAAAUAAAGAAAGAGAAGAAAUUCCAGAACCUGGACCUCCAGCUAGACCACCUAUACCUCAAAGAGUUAUUGUAGUUCCAGAUCCAUCAGCUCCCAGAAGACCACUGCCACCUCCUCCUGAAAACGCAACUCCCAGAUCUCAACCUCAAAGGAAUUCAAAUUCACAACAUAUGUUCAAACCAAUGGUGCCGCCACGAAAAAUGGAGGAAUUUGAUGAAAUAGCAGCUCAGCUAAACAAGUUAGCUGAUCAACAGGCGCAACCGGAAGCACCACCUAGAAAUAAUCGUAACAACAGCAAGCAAGCGCAAUCGGCCGUAAAUAACAACGUGGCAACACCUUCAAACGCCAACAAUCAUAAUUCUAGUAAUCAAGGUAAUCAUGGUAAAGUGAUUAUGCAGAACGAUCAUAGUAGCGACAGCGAUUCCGAGCCUGAAGAUAAUGGGCCUAUUCGAAACGAUGGAACAUUACUUGCUAGUGAUCCACCAAAACCACUUCCUGAAUUUUCUUAUAGAGCUGGGUUAGUUAGUGAUGCUGCAUCCAGUGGUUCUAGUCCAGGAGCUACUAGUUCUGGAGGCGCUCCAAAUAGACCUCUUCCACCUACUCCAGAUGACGAUGAAUCGCAAGGUGAUCGUACUUUAGUAGUUCGACCAAAGCAGUCAACAGCCAGUCAGUCUUCGGAUAAACGGAAACUCGACGUCGACGACGAGGCGACACUGCUAAAAGAUUGGGAUAUCGCGCGCUUCUUUCCCUCAUCGAAAUUCCAAGACGGCUCCACCUCAUCAUCCACAUCAUCGAGCAACAACAACACUAACACGCCCAAACAUCGCCGAAUGGAAAGCGACAAUCCAUUUGUAAGAAGCUUCCGUCGUGAAAAUUCCGAUUUUUUCCCAUUGAGCGCUCGUCAUUCGGCCAUAAUCGUGGAUAGACCAAACCCAAUAAGCAGAUCGAGUGGAAUUUUCAAUAUGCGAAGAGGUUCCGAGGCUGGAUUAAAUUCUAAGAAGAAUUCUGGGGAACCAGUUUUAACCGAUUUCGUGAAGAAAACUGAGGCGACGAGUCCAAAAGGAGUUGCGGUUUUGAGAGAUAACAGCUUGUUGAAGCCUCGUAGAGAGAAAACAGAAUCGGAUAUUACACUACGGUAUUCGGAGGCAAGAAAAUCGCUUAGAGAAAACUUGGAGGCGCAUCGAAGACAGAUCGAAAGACAGUUUUCCGCUGAAGCGGAAAAUAUUCGACGUAGAAACUCGAGGCAGUUCGAUUCGAUCUUAUCAACCGCCACAAAUUCUAUUGAUGGUGAUGAUUUUUAUAAUCAGAACGGCGGGCGCGGUUCCGAUCAUUCAAGAGGCAGUAAUGUACUUCCAGAUUUGUUAAAUCAAACCAAUGAUAGUCCAGGAACGCCAUCUGCUAGAGAUAAAUCUCAAAGUGAAGAGUAUCGUCAAGCUGUUUCAAUGCCUGUAAAUAAACCAACACCACCAAUUAACGCUCAUGCUCUUGCCUUACAACAGAAACAAAGAUCGUUUUUGACGUUUGGUUUUGGGGCCACACCGGGACAAUCAAGACGAGAGUCUCACGUUAACGUCAAUGUUACUCCAACAUCUCAUGAUGUUUCGUCGGAUACACCCGAAAUUAGAAAAUACAAGAAGAGAUUUAAUAGUGAAAUUUUAUGUGCUGCUCUUUGGGGAGUGAAUUUAUUAAUUGGUACAGAGCAUGGACUCAUGUUGUUGGACCGCAGUGGUCAAGGAAAAGUAUAUCAAUUAAUUUCAAGGAGACGCUUCCAACAAAUGGAAGUAUUGGAAGGUCAAAAUAUUCUCGUUACGAUAUCGGGGAAGAAAAAUCGUGUCAGGGUUUAUUAUUUGAGUUGGUUGAAAGGAAAAAUUUUAAGGACAGACGGUUUAGUUGAGCAAGUGGAAAGAAGAAAUGGUUGGAUAAACGUGGGUGACCUUCAAGGGGCCGUCCAUUUCAAAAUAGUAAAAUACGAACGAAUUAAAUUCUUGGUGAUCGCGCUCAAAGACAGUAUAGAAAUAUACGCGUGGGCCCCGAAACCCUAUCAUAAAUUUAUGGCGUUUAAAUCGUUCGCGGAACUCUCACACAGGCCACUCCUGGUUGAUCUCACCGUUGAAGAGGGUACCAGGCUUAAAGUGAUAUAUGGCAGUGCUGAUGGGUUUCACGCAGUCGAUCUUGAUUCUGCAAGCGUUUAUGAUAUUUAUAUACCCAAACAUAUACAAGGUGCUAUAACUCCUCAUUGCAUUGUGACUUUACCAAAUAGUAACGGAAUGCAACUUUUGUUGUGUUAUGAUAACGAGGGUGUUUAUGUUAGUACAUAUGGUCGUUUGGCUAAAAAUUCACUAUUACAGUGGGGUGAAAUGCCAACGUCAGUAGCAUAUAUUGGUACAGGUCAAAUAAUGGGCUGGGGCAAUAAAGCAAUAGAGAUUCGUUCGGUUGAAUCGGGUCAUUUAGAUGGUGUUUUCAUGCAUAAGAAGGCGCAACGGCUCAAGUUCCUCUGCGAGCGGAACGACAAAGUCUUCUUUUCGAGUGCAAAGAGCGGCUCCUCGUGCCAGAUCUACUUUAUGACGCUGAACAAGCCCGGAAUGGCCAACUGGUAACGAAAAUCGUAUAAAAAAAGCUAAACAAAAAAAUUCUACCCGACCCAAUUCAAAAUAUUAAAAAAAAACCUUUAAAAAAAUUGAGAGAUAAGAAAAGUAAUGGGGAAAAAAGAUUAAUAAUUCUCUGUUCAUAAUAAAUGUGUUGUUUGUAUAUUUGUUGUAGGUAGAUUCUUUUUAUUAUUAUUAUUAUACUAUUUUAUUAUUACUAUUAUUAUUAUAUUAUUAAUUAUACAUACAUACCUACUAUCUAUAUAUGAAUUCCGUGGAUUACGACUUUUUUUUUGUAUUUUUCUAGUGUGAUUAAUAGAUUUGAACUACAAUAUU